AUGCCCGUGGACCUGGCCGUGCGGCUCUGCCUGAGCCACUCGGCGCCCAUCUGCAAGCUCCUGAACUCCUACGAGGAGCUGCGGGGCAGCCGGGGGCGCAAACCCCUCCGAUCCUGCCUCAACCAGAAGCUGAACGCAGAGCUUGAGCCUGAGCGGCGAGAUAACACCAAGAACUCCAAGGGCCAGAAGAAGAAAGUCAUAUUUGCUGACACGAAGGGGCUCUCACUGACGGCUGUCCGCUUCUUCUCAAAGAUCGAGGAGGACCUCUGUGACCUGCAGCAUGCCCUGUCUGACCUCGCCUCCUUCCGACCUCGUCUGCGGGACUGGCGCCCAGAAGCGUGCAGGUAUGUGCUGGACUUCCCACAGCCCUCUGCAGACUAUGUGACUUUCCGCAGCCGCCUACACAGCAACCUCGUCUGCCUGGAGAACUGCCUGAUCCAGGACCGUGCCCUCUCGGGGACAGUGAAGGUCAGAAACAUUGCGUAUGAGAAGAAGGUGGUGGUCCGCAUCACCUUUGAUGGCUGGAAGAGCUUUCGGGACCUCCCCUGCCAGUAUAUGCAUAGCACAUACGGCUCGGCCGACACGGACAUCUUCUCGUUUGAGCUCGCCCUGCCCAAGCCGUCCCUCUCCCGCAGGGCCACGGAGUUUUGCAUCUUCUUCCAGUGUGGACAGAAGACCCACUGGGACAACAACCAAGGGAGGAACUACAGGAUCUGCCCUGUGGGCAUGAGCCGCCCUCCCUCCCAGUGUGUGAAGAGUGCCAGCGGGGCCUGGGAGCACCUCGGCACCACUCGGGCUGCUGCCCUGGUCCUUUCCCACCUGCAGACCUGGCACCGGGUGGAGGCCCAGGCUCCCUAUUGGUAG